AUGGCUACGGCUCAGCCCAUCACCUUCCAGACGACCGGAAAUGACGACUUUACCAUGGGUUCUGGCUCCUUCGGUGGUCACAAUGGCUCCUUCAAUCCCGCUUCUUACACCCGCCGUUUGAUCGGCUCGCCAUCAUUGUCCUGGCGAGCGGGUUCGUUCGGGAAUAGUAGGUUCUUCACCGGUAUGUCCCCGGGUUUGCUCGGCCCCCUCGAUCCGAACGAAUUCAAGUUCGGCAAAACAUCAUCGUCGAUUGAGAGCGACCGGGGCUCAAUCGUUAAUGCACUUAGCAUGUUCGAUCACCAACAGGAUCUUUGCCGGGAUUAUACCUGCUGUGGCUUAAACCUUACUGACCUGCAUGCACUCGUCGACCACUUUGAGGAGUGUCAUGUGGUUGUCGUAGAUCCCUUCGCCCCCCCGAUGCCACUCCAGAACGCCCAGGCAAACUUUCCUCCCGCGCAAGGAUCGUACUUCCCGGAAGUCAACGGUGUUCCAACGGCGCCUACCUAUCAUCACGGUUCCUUUGAUCCAGAUGACAUGGAACUGGACAUGGACCAUAUGAGCGCUCCGUCAUCGGGAGCUUCCUCCCCACCUGAUACUCCUAUAUCGACGCCCUUGUCCUCGUAUCCAUCCACCCUGUACCCUGGCUCAGCCCCGGCGUCCAACUGCUCAUCUCCUAUGCCUGCUCCGAUCUCCGCUUUUGAAACGACAACCGUUCUCCCAUCUCGCUCUGGCCACUCUCCGCUGUCAGUCGGCUUCCCUCCCGCUUCGCGUUCAAGCAUGGCUGGUCUCUCUCCGCGUGUCGACGAGGCGUUCAAUACCUACGCCGGAUAUUCCGAUUACUCCUCGCUUCUUCCCGGUACCGUCCCGUCACCUACCACCACGACUGCGCCGCCAAUCGAAGGUCCGGCAGGUUCCGAUGCGAGGAACGCGUAUGCUGGUCGAUCGACGUGUGUGCCCCCCGCUCUGUUGCUCAAUCACAGCGCAAGCAACACGCCUAACAGUACGCCCUCGUCGUCGCGCGUCGCGUCACCUGCAAUGGGAACGUCCGUCUUCCGGAACGUCGCUGCUGCACCCCCGUCGACGUCCGUCUCUGGCGCUACGGCGAGCGGCCAAACCGCUCGCGCGAGCACGACACUCUCACGGCCUGCUUCCUCGCUGCUCCUCUCGAAACCGUUCAAGUGCCCAAAGCCAAACUGCAACAAGUCGUACAAGCAAGCGAAUGGCCUGAAGUAUCACAUGACUCACGGCUCGUGCAACUUUGCGCCUCCGAAGGAUCUCGAGCAGGUGCAGGCGUUGCUCGCAUCGAAGCGCGGUGGCAAGGACGAUAAUGAGCCCAUUAGCGAGUCGGAGCUCCGGGAGGUCGAGCGAGAAGCUGAGCGGAGAUUGAGACCAUACGCGUGCGGCGUCGGCGACUGCCAGCGACGGUACAAGAACAUGAACGGCUUGAGAUAUCACUACCAGCACUCUGGCGAUCACGGCGCGAUCGGGCUUGCCCUGCUAGCCAGCGGCCAGCACGAGUGCUUGCAGCACAGCAAGUCGCGCCACCACACUCCUUCGAACUCCAUUGCCAACGCACACCACAACGCCUCCACGACCACCUCCGCCGCACCAUCGACGACCUCCUCUCCGCUCGCCACACCCCCCAUCUCCCGUCCGCAGUCGACCACGAGUCAGUACCCAUCGUCGCCCCUGGCGCAGCCGCCAACGUACCAGAGUGUGUCGAUGCACCCCCCGCAGUACACGUCACAGUACUCGACCGCGCCACUGAAUCCCACUCCGGUGACUGGCGCGAGCUCCAUCCAGCUGCUGUCGUAUAUGACGCAGAUGUCGGCGUGA